AAAAAAGAAAAGCUCCUCCCUUUUCCCCUCUCUCUCUCUCUCUCUCUCUCUCUCUCUCUCCUCCCCCUUCCAAAUCCCACUCCCCCGGCUCUCUUGAGAUGCUUCUCCGUGGCCCCGAAAUCGACGGGAAAUGUCCAUGAAUCUCCCCUAGAGAAACCCUGGAAGGAGCUCAUGGAGUGGCCCCGUCGAUGCCACCAUUGGCGCGGAGGUGAAAAGGAGAGAGGCCCAGUUCCCCCUUUUGGGCUCCCCUGAUUCAAAUGAGGUGGAUCUCAUGGUUGCUUUGGGAGUUUUUGGUGUGAAAAACGUGGAUUAGAGAUGGUGGUUUUGUAGGUAGUGGUUUUUUUUUCCGAAUCCCCCCUUGGUGUUGCUGUUUUUGUUGGUGGUUGGUGCUCCUGUGCCUCUCCUGUUGAUUAUUAUUAUCAUUUUUUUUGCGCUUAAAAUGGUUGGGUUUUGUGGCUAUUUGGGUGUAUAAAAGGCUGGGGAAGGAUUAAGUAAAGGAAGAUAAAGAGUUUUGAUUUCUGCGAUGGCGCAUGCACGAAUGGAUUGAAUGGAUGAAGCUUUGUAAGCCCCCCAAAUGUUAAGAGCACUGUUCCAUGGGCUCCUGAUCCUUUCCCUCCUCUUCUCCACCUCCGCCGCCAUUGAGAUCGGCUUCUCCCGCUGCAACUGCGAUGGCGACACGCUCUGGAGCGCCGAGAGCAUACUCCAGUGCCAAAAAGUGAGCGACUUCUUGAUCGCCGCCGCCUACUUCUCCAUCCCCCUCGAGCUCUUGUACUUCGCCACGUGCUCCAACCUCUUCCCGUUCAAAUGGAUCGUCAUACAGUUCGGCGCCUUUAUCGUUCUCUGCGGACUCACUCACCUCCUCAAUGUGUUCACCUACGAGCCUCAUUCGUUUCUCCUUGUGUUGAGCCUCACCGUUUCCAAGUUCUUGACCGCGCUAGUCUCCUUUGCCACCGCGAUAACCCUCUUGACACUAAUUCCCCAGCUACUCAGGAUAAAAGUGAGGGAGAACUUCUUGAGAAUAAAAGCGCGCGAGCUCGAUCGCGAGGUUGGGUUGAUGAAGAGGCAGGAGGAGGCAAGCUGGCACGUGCGCAUGCUUACCCGAGAGAUUAGAAAAUCACUUGAUAGGCAUACUAUUUUGUACACUACUUUGGUCGAGCUCUCGAAGACACUGAGCCUGGAAAAUUGCGCAGUGUGGAUGCCUGAUGAGAGUAGAAUGAGUAUGAUCUUGACCCAUCAGUUGAGGGAUAGGAGUUCAUCUGAUUUGUACACUCAAUCUAUUCCGAUGGAUGACCCGGAUGUCAUAGAGAUAAAAGAAACAAAGGGUGUGAAGAUUCUAGGGCCGGAUUCUGUUCUUGGUUCCGCGAGUAGUAGAGGAACACUUGAGUCGGGGCCUGUGGCGGCAAUACGAAUGCCCAUGCUAAAUGUAUCUAAUUUUAAAGGUGGGACACCUGAAGUAGUUGAAGCGAGCUAUGCCAUAUUGGUUUUGGUUCUCCCUAGAGAUGAUCCUAGGGUUUGGAGCUACCAGGAGUUAGAGAUUGUUGAAGUAGUUGCCGAUCAAGUUGCCGUUGCCCUGUCCCAUGCUUCAGUUUUAGAGGAAUCUCAGCUGAUGAGAGAUAAACUUGCCGAGCAAAAUAGGGUUUUGCUGCAAGCUAAGCAGGAAGCAAUGAUGGCGACCGAAGCAAGGAAUUCCUUCCAAAAAGCCAUGAGCCAAGGAAUGACGAGGCCGAUUCACUCCAUUAUGGGUUUGCUUUCCAUAUUGCAGGAAGAAGUAGUCAGCCCCGAACAAAGACUUAUUGUUAAUUCAAUUGCGAAAACUAGUAGUGUUGUUUCGACAUUGAUCAAUGACGUGAUGGAAAUAGCUACGACCAACAGCGAGCAGUUAUCGUUGGUGAUGAGACCCUUCGAGAUUCGCUCUAUGAUUAAGGAAGCUCUUAGUGUUACUAAAUGUCUUUGUGGUUGCAAGGGCAUUGGUUUUGAAUUUCAGGCGGAGAGGUCAAUUCCAGAACGAGUUGUUGGUGACGAGAAGAGGCUCUUCCAUUUGAUUUUGCAUAUGGUGGGUACUCUAGUAAAUGGUUGUGAUGAAGGUUCGCUUACGUUUUCUGUUCGUAGUUAUGGUGAGGGCGAGGCGAGGCAAGAUCAAGAAUGGGUUCCAUGGAAAUCGAGUCUUUCUGAUAGCUAUACUUGUUUGAAGUUUGAAAUUGGGAUUAAAAGGUUGCAAAGUAAUGCUUCAAGUUCAUCUUCGAGUCAUGUUUCUCGGAAACCCUCAGAAAGUUUGGAGAUGGGCCUUAGCUUCAGCAUGUGCAAGAAGCUUGUGCAGAUGAUGCAGGGAAACAUCUGGGCAACUUCAAACUCCAAAGGCCACACCGAAAGUGUAACUCUCAUCCUUCAAUUCCCACUACAACCCCUCACGCCGGUCUCCGUCGGAUCCUUAGAUCUCUACCGUACAUCAUCCUCCCCUAAUUUCAAGGGCCUCCGCGUCCUACUAGCCGACAAUGAUGAUGUAAACCGCGCCGUCACCCGAAAGCUCCUCGAGAAACUGGGCUGCCGCGUCUGCUCCGUCUCAUCAGGCAAUGAAUGCACCCAACGCCUAACCUCCCUCGGCACUUCCAACACGCCCUUCCAAAUCGUGAUUUUUGAUCUCAACUCGAAUAGAAUGGACGGAUUUGAAGUGGCCAUUAGGAUCCGGAAGUUCAGAAGCGGGUGCUGGCCGCUGGUGGUCGGCCUGACGGCUUCUGCCGAUGAGAGCGUGUGGGAGAAGUGCUUGCAGUCGGGGAUGAACGGCUUGAUCAGGAAGCCGGUUACGCUGCAGGCAAUGGGAGAUGAGCUGUACAGAGUGCUCCAGAACACGUAGAGCGGGCGAGAGGGCUCUCAGAUUCUUUGCUAUUAUCAUGGAGGGUGGGGGGGUUUAAUGCUGCUGUAUGGGGCUUUUUACCGGAUUUUGGUCACACCCUCAACACACAAAUUUGCACACAGGAGUUCUAUGUAUACAGAAAUCAGAUAGCUUUUCUGUUUUCUUUCUAUUUCGGUGAAAAGGAGACCGUAAUUUUUGAUUCAGCAAAUUUGGAACAGAUUAUAGAGCUAGUAACUUAGCAGCAGCAGCACAGAUCUUCAACCAUUCAUUCAUCAUUCCUCUCUUUGUUGUGGGCAAAUUUCUCACAAGAAUUGAAAUUGGUGGAUUAAUAAUACUCUGUAAAAGCAUACAAAGCUAACCUCGAACGCUGGAUCAUUUGAAAACGACUCUCCAAUCUCUCGGAUCUUUCGAAA